AUGGCUCGUGCUCGCAACCUGGUCCUUGCUGGCGGCUUAUUGGCCUUUGCAGGUGCUGGCCUAGCCUUUCCCUUUGUCCUGGCGUAAGUUCCUCUUUGUCCCUGCAAUUUAUCUGAUGUUGUCACGCUUAGAUCUCUAUCUCUCUCUCUCUCUCUCUCUCUCUCUCGCUAUGUAUGUAUAUAUAUAUAUGUCUGAUGCAUGCUUCUCUCUGAAGGACGUCCAAGCAGAAGCCCAUAAUUGACUCUUCGAAGCCGCUUCCUCCUCAGGCGACUUUCCGGGGGCCUUACAUAAACACCGGGUCCCGCGACAUCGGACCAGACAGCACCACAUCCUAUCCGAAGCCUUGA